GUGUGUGCAGUCGUAGAGCCGCCCAGUCUCCAGCCCGUUUGCCUUUUGUUUUUGUUUUUGGUUUUUGGUUUUUAUUAUUUUUCAGUUCCGUUUCGUUUCGGUUCGAUUUUGUUUUGAUUUUGGUUCUUUCCAACGCGGCUUUCCCCGACUUUCGUUUUGUAUCUUUGUAUCUUCUCCGUCCAUCUGCGACCACUGCAUCGGCCGGCGAAUGCAGCCCAUGGAACUAUGCGCGUAGCACCUGGUGCGCUGCCCUCGCCUGGUACUGGUACUCGUAACGCCCCAGUCCCGGAAUGCCCAUCUAGACCAUGCCAGUGCAGCCAGUCCGUCCCGUGAGCACCUACGACAACUUGGCCACCACCGCCGCGUCCCAGUCGAGGCACCCGCCCCCCGAGUCCGGCGGCAUGUACCGGCCGGACUUGGAGCCGCAGCCGGAGCCGGAAGUGGAGGCGGAGGUGGAGCUCAAUGGCAGCGGCACCAGCCACAGCAUAGCCGCUGUCAAGGCGGCCCUCAACGAUGCCAAGUCGAAAUUCUUUGGGAUCAACAACUAUGAGUCACCGUCACCUGUGGCCGGCAAAGGCGGUGCUCGAGCGCCGGCUGCUGUCGUCAAGUCGGAGCCAAAGUACCAGAACGUUCCGCAGCGGGAUGAGGUGCCGGCAGUGGCGGCUCCAGAUCCCCCAGGCCAUCAUCCACCAUCGGUUGCCCCUCCCGCCGCCGACCUGCAGAGCAGGGCCCUGCGAUAUGCCACCACCUACGAGCAGAUUCCGCUGAGCGACUUGGAGGCUCCGCAGGCGUCGCAGGCCGUCUACAUGAGCACCACAGUUCCGCAGAACAUGAAAGGCAUGAAGAUCGCCGGCCGACACACGCCAACCCGCAACAGUCUGCGGCACAGCCGGAUGAUCGUUGUCAAUCACAAAAACCAUGACAGUUUUCAAGCUACAAGGAAUCUGAAUAUUUCGCGACAACUCCUAAUUAUGCAAUUGGCUGUGGGUCUGCUAAUAGUUGGUCUAGCCGCUUGGAUUCUAAUUUUAGCGCCGAAUGCAUCUAUACUUAUCAAUCCGUAUCUGAGUGGUCUGUCGUUGCUGUUGGCCAGUGUUGCGGGUCUCAUACUGAUGCGCAGGAACCACAAGAUCACGGACCACAGACCCCCAAACAGUUGCUACAAGGUCCUGCUGGCCGAGUCCUACGUCUUCACCGGCCUGGCGUUGAUCUUCUGCUGCUUGGCCCUGGUCUGUGCGGCGAUAGAGUUUGCGGAGCUCAUCUCGUCCGCGGAUGGGGAGUGUGGACCCACCUCCAGCUCCCUGCUGAGCUACCACAACUGCACCUGCUUCACGGCCGGCGAGGCAGCCACCUCCUCCACCUCCACCGCCACCUCUGGAGAUCCCUCUGCUCUUACUGCUGCCCAGGAGUCACCGCAAACCGAGGGAUGUGGAAAACUGGGGGUCGAGUGGAAGUAUCUGCUGGCCUUCUCGAUGGCGCUCAACACCCUGGGCAUUGUUGCAACAUUCUUAUACAUAACGCUAUUUAUUUGUUGCCACCGCAACAGGGAGCACUUCUACACGUCUGUGUAGGGAGGUCUACACCUAGGCUAGUACUUAAAUUAUACAAAUAUCUUACUUAAAUUAUUUUAGUAACUGAUACAAAUAAAUUAUUUAUUAAUAUUAA